CUAGCGCGGGAGGGGGAGGAGGGGUCAUCUCACGAUGUACCAGCGCUAGCGCCAGUCACUGUGGUGGGGUCAGUACAGCAGUACAAGUUCAGUACCAAGUGUAGCACGCCUAUCAGCACAUCGACACCACUAUUCACCACCGUAGGUCUACUUCUGGACUAUUUUAUCCAAUUCAAGGGGAAACGUAACCAAGAAGUGGGUCCAAUAUGGCGGCCAACAGGGCAACGGUGCUCAAGAACCUGAACCAAGAGAUCAAGGUGGCACCGCUCAAGAUUACAGACGAGCACAAGAAACAGCUGAUCCAACAAAAGCUGAAAGGGAUCUGUUUGGAUGGGCCAACUGUGCUCAAGAUUGGAGACGUAUUUGUGAAGGAAAUGGAUCUGGGGAUGAGAGACCAGCCAUCCUCUUUGCUCAUGGAGAACACAUACAUACCUGAGCUUCCAGAUGGCACAGAGGAAGGACAGUUCCUGGCCCUGGACCUGGGAGGCACCAACUUCCGAGUAUUACACAUAGUGUUGAGCAAAGGUCGUAUAGUCAAGGAGCAAGUGAAACAUUACCACAUUGCUGACGAAUUACGGCUCGGCUGUGGUAUCAAGCUGUUUGACUUCCUCGCAGCCUGUCUCUCCUCCUUCGUGCAUGAACACAAACUAGCCGAUCAGAAACUCCCUCUAGGUUUUACAUUUUCAUUCCCCAUGCACCAGCGCAGCCUGUCGUCGGGCCUGCUAGUGACGUGGACUAAGUCAUUUAAGGCGUCAGGAGUAGAAGGAGAGGAUGCUGUGCAACUGCUGCGAGAGGCGCUGGAGAGGCGAGGGGACACACACAUUGAAGUUAUGGCAGUGCUGAAUGACACCACUGGGACUCUGUUGCAAGGAGCACUGUUAGAUCAUCGGUCAACGAUAGGAAUGAUCAUCGGGACUGGAAGCAAUGCCUGUUACCUGGAACGAGCCGAGCGAGUGCAUCACUGGGAAUGUGAGAGACACGGAGAGAGAGAUAUCAUAAUUGAUAUAGAGUGGGGAGCAUUCGGUGACAACGGUGCCAUUGACUUCAUCAAGACAGAUUACGACAGACAAGUGGAUAACCACUCGCUGAUCAAGAACUCCUUUACGUUUGAGAAGUACAUAGCCGGAAAAUAUAUGGGAGAGAUAGUAAGAGUCAUAGUAGCAGACUUUGCUAAAUCUAACCUUAUCUUUAAUGGAAAUCUCAGUAAAAAAUUGCAAGAAGCCAACCAAUUCACAACAACACAUGUGUCUACCAUUGAGGAAGAUUGCAUAGCCAACACAACAACAAAAACUGAGGAAAUACUGAAAAGCUAUGAUCAGAGAUUCACGUUGGAAGAUAUUGUCAUCCUCCAAUACAUAUGUGAGGUAGUCUCCUUGAGAGCAGCCCUGCUUCUGUCCAUAUGCUGUGCAGAGUUGCUGAAGCGCAUGGACCGACCCGACUCCACGAUAGCAGUCGAUGGCAGCCUCUUCAAGUUCCAUCCUCGCAUGAAGCAGUGGAUGAACCUCUUUAUCCCCAUCCUCGCACCUGGCCAAACAUGUCGACUGAUGUUGGCAGUGGAUGGUAGUGGGAAGGGCGCAGCCUUAGCAGCUGCCAUUGCUGUGAAGCUCAGAUCAAGAAGUAAUGGUGUGUCAUGAAGUGUGAAAUCUUCUCAACGGAGCUCAAAUUUGUUAAAGAUGUCAAGCACACACUUUUAUUAAGGUUGUAGAAAUGUGGAACAAAUCAAAACAGCGCAUCAACACUAUUAUAAUGGUUGUUUGUACCUUCAACAUAUGAUAGUAUAGUUAUCAUACAAUUUUUAUUUUAUUCAUUUAGUGAAUUUGUUUUACUAUUGAAUAUAGUCCAUGAACAAAUAAUAACAGAAAUAUUUAUAUUGACACAGUUUUUGGAGUUUUUCUCUAUUCCAAUGGUGUAAAUUUAAUUUGUUAAAUUAAUUAUAGUACAAUUGGUGAAUCACCAUUAUAAUAAUUUUUUCAGUUUUGUACAAUUUACAUACAUACGAGAAAUAUUGUUUUUAGGGUUAAAUCAAACACUAGUCUUAAGUAGGCUAAAAUGGUGGUACACAAAAUAUGGAUUAAAACACUAAUUAAAUUAUUUUCAAAUUUAUUUUACUAUUUAAAUACAUUAAAUAACAUUUACAAUUAAUAAGAUUUAUUUAAAUGUUAACUCAUUACCUUUUUUAUAAUCAACUAGCUAUACUACUUAUUUAGUAAUGCCUGAAGACAGUGUUGUGGAUGGAGUCUUGUAGUUUGGCUGCAUUAUUGUCCACCAUCUACAGAUUUAUACAGUGUUUAAUGUGAUGAAUUGUCUAGUGAAGAUGGCCGCGACCUGUGUACACUGUUCAACAGAGUGGACGUGUACAGUAUAAACUGAUAUUAGUAGUGAGUUACCUUAUUGUCUGUAAAUACUCCUGGUGUUGUUAAACUAUAUUAUAAUGUAAACUGUUGUUUUGGGACCAUUUACUGUUGUUAAUUAGUUGUAGAAACUGUUGUUACCUUUUUGAAGAGUAUAUAAUUAUUAUUGAAAAUACAAGUAAAUCAAUUAAUCUUAUACUGACUUGCCAUCCUAAGUAGCAACUACUAUUAUUCAUAUUGCAUUUAUAUUUUUCAUUUUAUUAUUGCAUUUACAAUUUUACAAAAAUAAAAAUAUAUAGCUCAUUGUAUUAUAAUUUAUUGAUGAGAUAAUAGCAUAACAAUUCAUUCAUAUUUGUUUAAAGCGCCACUUUAUAGGUUCAGUAUGUUUAUUUACAUGUUGUUUUAAUUCCAUGUUGUUUUGUAUGAAUUUUUUAACAUGUUGACUGCCACCCAGAAUAUAUAUUUUGCUGAUAUAUGCA